GACACACUUUGACUUUGAUCAGUUGCAGCGACACCCUUGAAACGCUUUUCAUUCGCUUUCAAACAAUUUCACUUUACAUUAAGAAAAUCAUACAUUUUCUGUGCGUUGAUGUUAGUUUUAAAAAUAUUAGAACAUGUUGAAAAUAUCUCUGAUUAUUUUUGUGUGUGUCCUCUUACGUAAAUGUAUCGGGAGCGUGAAUAGAUCUGAAUAUUUUUUCCAGGAAGUGCCUGUUGGGGAAACUGCAGUAUUAAAAUGUAAAAGUAGUGAUCAUGAUUACAAUUUUGACUCUUGGAUUUUGGAUAAUAAUGUGAUAAUAGAUAAUAGUAGUAUAGCUAACCCUAGGUUUGAUAAUAAAACGUUUUCUUUGGAACCUGUUACAGGAAACUUAACUAUUCGGACUAUAUCAAAGGAACAAGAAGGACUCUAUGCAUGUAUUUCUAGAAAUGCUGCAACAGGUGAGAGACGAGUGGAAAGAAUCAAAGUAAUUGUAGACCAAGACUGGGAAGAUGUAUAUGAACAUGAUUCAAACAUUAACCUAAUAAGGGUGUUAAUCAUAGUUGCGACAUUAGUUCUUGUUGCUAUUGGAGGCUAUGUCAUUUUUAGAAUGUGGAGAGAACGAUAUUAUUACCCAAGUUAUUUAGGUCAUGAAGACGAAAGCGAAAGCAUUGAAGAAAUCUAUAGGUCCCCAACAACUUCUGGGCUAAACCGUUCUAGAAGUCCUCGAAGAAUAAUUUUAGAAAGAACUAUUUCGCACCCUAUAGAUGGAGAUUCAGUCAGUACUGAUUUUAAAAGUAUCCUGGAAAGGACUAAUAGUUAAACUGAAAUUAUUUAUUUGACUUAGAUACCUAUUUAAAAUAUUUUUGUGAAGUUGUUUAUUUAUCAAAAAAUAUUUAAUGUUUAGUAUUAGCAUGGAAAUUUUUUAGUAAUAUUGUUAAUAAAUCUAGUUUUUUUA